AAAGAAAUGAAAAAUCGAUAUGAAUAAUAUUACGAGACUAAAAAUUAAUUGCUUGGCUAGGGAGCGUUUUCAUAAGUGUUUUUGGGUGUUAAAAAAUCAAAUUAAUAAAAAGUUGCAGUUAAAAUUAGUAAUAGAAAUCUCGCUAUUUCUCAAUAAGAGAAAAUGAUUCUCAGACAAUUAUCAUAAUUUAAGCAUUAAAAUGUAGUUUAAUUACUUGAUAUUUUUGAUUAACAGGAAGCUCUAUUUAUAGUUUCAGAAUAUUGUCCUGGUGGUACAUUAUACGAAAUGAUGAUGAGUAAAUCAUUUACUGAAGAAUAAAUAGUUAACAUAGCUUUGUAAAUUGCUAAAGGAUUAGCCUUUUUGCAUAGCAAAAAUAUUGUGCAUAGAGAUAUCAAACCUGAGAAUAUAUUAAGAUACGUUGAUGAUCAAGGGGUUGAAAUCUUUAAAAUAACUGAUUUUGGUUUAAGUAGCAUCAAAUUAGAAAGAAUGACAACAACAAAAGUAGGAACAGCCUAUUAUGUUGCUCCAGAAAUAUUGGAAAAGCAACAAUAUGACAAAUCUGUAGAUAUUUGGGCAUUAGGAUUAAUUAUUGAUGAAUUGAUACAUAAAACACCUUUUUAUAAUGGAUUAACAGAAGAAGAAGUUUUUGGUAAAAUAAGAGCAAUUAGAUAUAUUAUAAGAGAUUAAUCAUAUGCAAAACCUAAAAUUUUCGAUUAUAAAAAGAAUGUAAUAAAGAAUAUUUUAGUUAAUUCAAUUUAAAAGGAUCCUAAAUAACGAAAAGAUUUAACUUGGAUUAUUUAAACAUUAAGUGAAUACAAUUAAUAAAGUCCUAAUUGUAGUAUUUAAAAAGAACUUAGAAACUAUUCUUUUCAUUCCUAAACUACAUCUUGUGAAUAGCCAUAAAUAUUUUAGAUACCAACAUAUUCUAAUGAUUCAUAAUAAGUAGAACAAUGUCCUUAUCAUUUAUUACCAAUUAAAUAUAUAAUGCCAUUUGAAGAUGAUAAUACAAUUACUAAUGCUUGUUAAAAAUGCAUAUAAAUUUACGGGAUUUUUGAUCAUUUGGAAUUUUAAUAAUAUUUAGAAUAAGCAAAUGUUGAGUUGAUAUCUUUUUCUGUAGAUUUAUAUUUUUCUUAAAAUGAAAUAAUAAUAGAAGCCCUUAAAUUUCUUAAUCAAUUUAAAUUGUUCUAAGAGAAAGAAAAAUUAAUAUCUGAAUUGAGGAAUAUAGUAAUCAAACAUAAUUAAAUUUUGAGGGAAGAGUAUAUUUAAUAUUAAGACGAUAUUAAAUAAAUGAAUUUCAAUGCAAAAUGGAUCAAUGAAGCCUUAAAAUUAAAUUUAACAAUCUCUAAAGAAAUGCCAAAUAAAAUAAUUCUUUACUUAAUUUUAAGAUGUCAAGAGCGAAAAGAAAUUUCAUUGUUAGAAUGUAGACAAUUCAUCAAGGAAUAACUUAAAUCACUCUAUUAAUACAUAAUGACUUUAUUAUGA